AUGCAGAGACCAUCGAUAUCACCACGGCCGAGCUACGAAAGGAGUCCGCUCCUCACACCCCAGCUACCCUCGCAACAAUUCGAUGACGCCGACACAGCCCAAUCAUCAACGUACAAAUCCAGACCGACAGGCGCGAGACCACGCAAGCUCUCCAACUCCAUCCGGACCUCUGAGGACCAAGAUGCCGUCCCCGAAACAGCGCGGCUUCUCGACGAGACACCCACCAUCUCCCCUCCCCACGCCCGCAAAGACGCACGCCCGACCUCGCGCGACAUCGAGCGCGGCUCCUCGUUCGAAGAGGACGGCAUCAACGAGCUGCCCUUCCCAUCCCAAACGGACCCGUCGAAGCCGUUACGACCCAAGAACUACCGUGUGAAGAAGAACGCAUCCAAGUUCAAAGGCUUUAUCAAGCGCAAUGAGGGCAUCCUGCUGCUCGGUCUCGCCCAGCUCUUCUUCUCCACCAUGAACUUUUUCUUCAAGCUGAUCAACCUGCUGCCUCCAGAAGAGAGCCCGCGGGUGACGGCGCUCGAGAUCAUCUUCAUCCGCAUGUCCAUCACGUGGAUCGGAUGCGUGGGGUUCAUGCUCGUCUCUGGCGUCGAGAAUCCGUUUUUGGGGCCCAAAGAGGUGAGGAAGCUCCUGGCGCUCCGAGGGUUUGUGGGGUUCUUCGGGCUCUUUGGGCUGUACUACUCGUUGCAGUAUCUGUCGCUGGCGGAUGCGACGGUGAUCACGUUCCUCGGACCUUUGGCGACGGGGCUGCUGGGGUAUAUCGUGCUUCGCGAGCCUUUUACGCUGCGUGAAGUGGCGGGCGGCAUCGUGAGUCUAGCCGGUGUGGUGCUCAUCGCGCGACCCGCGUUCAUCUUUGGUCGAAAGGCGGCUGAUUCGGACCUCGACCAGCCGCUCGCUUUCGGAGUCUCGAAUACAACAAGUGUCGAUGCUGUCAAUGCUACGGUGCAGGUGUCUUCGAGUGUGGUCAAGCAUCUCGUGCACAACUUGACCUCGGUGGAGCUGCUCAGGCGCACCGACAGCACGAUGCCGCUCGACGGCCCCAACGGCGUUGUAACCAUCGACGGCGUUACGGAGAAGCAGCGUCUCGUCGCUGUAGGUCUCUCGUUGCUCGGAGUGUGCGGUGGUGCCGGAGCCUACAUCACCAUUCGCGCCAUCGGUCGACGCGCAUCUGCAACCCACAGCGUCGCCUACUUUUCGCUCUACUCGACCAUUGUCAGUGCCAUCCUCAUGUGGGUUACGGGCACCGAGUUUGUGCUACCGACGCAGCCCAAGUGGAUCGCCCUGCUGGUUUGCGUGGGUAUCUUCGGCCUCGCAGCACAGAUCCUGCUCGCUAUGGGUCUGCAGCGAGAGAAAGCAGGGCGCGCUGUUUCGGUGACCUACCUUCAGAUUGUCUACGCCUCGCUGUACCAGCUGGUCUUCUUGCAUACGCCUAUCCAGCCACUGAGCGCGGUGGGCAUGGUCGUCAUUCUUAUUUCGGCGGGCUGGGUCGCCGCUGGCAAGUCAUGA